AUGACAGUAAAACCAACUGUUGCCCUCAGAGCUGUACUUGUUGGUGGAAUCGCUGCAUUUGCUAAAAUUGCUGGUGCAAUGAAAGCUGCCGGCGGCGUUAAAGUAGGUGCAGCCGCUGCCGCAAUGACAGCUGCAGCAUCUGCAGCCAUUGGAUCAAAGCAGGAAAAGAAAGAAGGUGCUAAGCAACCUUCAAAUUGA